CACAGCGGUCACUCUGGGCACGAGGCUUGUUUAUUGGGCGAAAUUUAAUGAUUCCCUGUAAUCAUCCAGCUUUUGCGUGAGUUGCCAAACACCGACCCAGCCAAAAUUCUGUUUCGGCCGCCGUCCGGCUACAACCAACUCGUCUAUAUAUCCAGAAAACACCAGCAACCGUUGCAGUUGAUCCGAAUCAAGGGCCGCGGCAGAGCAACCGCAAAAACCUCUUCGCUCCGAACUUGAGUGAGUCGGGAGCGUGUCGUCGGUGUGCUGGUCGAGCAGCAGCAGUACCCAGUACCUACUACCUAGCGUCAGUGUCAGAGUAGAGCGACAGUGUCAAUUAGUAGUCUCGCAUAACACCAUCGCCUCACGCGUUCACUUUGCACCACCAUUACCACCCCCCGCCCACCCGCGAAUCGUGAUAUCCGUGUUAUACAACAAAAUUGUUUCCGUGUUGAACAUACGCCGGCCAAAACUCGACCAAACCUCCCAUCUUCGCCCGGCGGAGCACCCGAUCCCAACGGAGAAAGCGGUUCUGCAACAAGAGCGCUAGAACUGGUCUGGACUUGCGUUUCAGCGUAAGAGGAGCAGCCACUGCAAGGGCGAACCACAAUUCGCACACAAUCGGCACUGCAGCAGCGGAUCCACGAUGAACAUAGACGACUACGAAUCGCUGCCCACCACCAGCGUGGGUGUGAACAUGACCGCAGGCGCAAUUGCUGGCGUGCUGGAGCAUGUGGUCAUGUAUCCACUGGACUCCGUCAAGACGAGAAUGCAGAGUCUGUCACCGCCUACACAAAACAUGAACAUAUUGUCAACCUUUAGGAACAUGGUCACACGUGAGGGAUUGUUGAGACCCAUUCGGGGAGCUAGUGCUGUGGUUUUGGGUGCUGGUCCAGCACACUCUUUGUACUUCGCUGCCUACGAAAUGACCAAGGAGCUAACGGCCAAGUUCACAUCAGUGAGAAACCUCAACUACGUUAUUUCGGGAGUGGUGGCCACUCUCAUUCACGACGCCAUUUCUAGUCCCACUGAUGUGAUCAAGCAGCGAAUGCAGAUGUACAACUCGCCCUACACAUCGGUGAUAUCCUGUGUGCGAGACAUCUACAAGAAGGAGGGCUUCAAAGCCUUCUACAGAGCCUACGGCACGCAACUGGUCAUGAAUUUACCAUAUCAGACAAUACAUUUUACCACAUAUGAGUUUUUCCAGAACACUUUAAACCUGGAACGCAAAUACAAUCCCAAAGUGCACAUGGUAGCGGGGGCUGCGGCUGGAGCUUGUGCAGCGGCUAUAACUACGCCCUUAGAUGUAAUCAAGACGCUGCUGAACACUCAGGAGACAGGUCUGACGCGCGGCAUGAUCGAAGCAAGCCGAAAGAUCUACCACAUGGCUGGUCCAUUGGGCUUCUUUAGGGGCACGACCGCACGUGUUCUGUACUCCAUGCCCGCCACGGCCAUUUGCUGGUCGACGUACGAAUUCUUCAAGUUCUACCUGUGCGGCAUGGACGCCGACAAGUACAAAUCGUCAAUUACGGGCCGCUCGGAGCCCCGCAAAGCGGACUACGUGCUGCCCAGCACUGCGGAUGAAAAGCAGAGCAACCUGGACCGGGAGACGGUAAAGGAAAAGGACUCCGCAGCCACCCUGCACCCCGCCCCACCCUCGGUAAAUGCCUCCGGUGCCAUUAAGACGGUUUGUGAGCUGUCGACUCGACCUGCUGGGCCGACAAUCAACCUGCACACGCGGCACACAGACGUGAAGAGUCCCUACGAGCGAGGUUUCUCCAGCACGUAGGCGGCGCCAGUGGGCGUGGCCGCGAGCGGGGCCUGCGUUCGAAACGUUUGCAGCAGCAGCGACAGCUAAACCUAAGCGUAGCUAUUAGUUGGCGGUCGGGUACGGGGGAGCUGGAGUGCGACUGGGGGCCUUUUGGGCAGGUGAACGACACGGGGUUCGAAACGCCUGCCGAUCCACCGACCAUCGCCUGGCCACCACCCCACUUACUGCCCACCCAAACCCAGCUGCUUGUAUGAAUACUCUGCGAGGAGUCGGUGAGAGAGUUUUAUCACUCCAUAGUCGGAGGUUAAACCGUAGUUGUUGUUCUGCACAAAACUCUCGCUCUCACACACAACACGCAAACUCCACACACACAAUUUACACCACCACCCUACAAAACCCACACACCACACACACACACAAAGACAGUUUUAGGCAAAAAGCGAAAUUCUUGUUAAAAGUAAAUGCUAAUGAUAAUACUGUAUCUAUGUUAUUUCGAAAUGAGAGAAAAUUCUUGUACAAUACUAUUACCUACUAUAAUGUAUUACAAACUUUGAUUUACUACAUUUAUAUAUAUUUUUUUUAACAAGUUUCAAAAUAUAUAUGCAUAUAUUUAUGUUGAUCGUUGUAAAGUAACCAAGAGCAAAAAUGUAAAGCACACAUGCGCGAAGAAAAAUUCAAUAAUUUGUAAUUAAAUUACACAUAAAUCUUCAAACUGAGAUGUUACAAAAUAUAAAGAACAGCAGAUACAGCUCCCA